GAGUGGCGUCGUUGGGGGGUGAUCGACCCAGCCUCCAACGCUCCACCUCCUUACCUCACCGCGCCGCUCGCCUUCGAUCCCCUCCUACCCUGACGCCUCGCUCCCGCUCCGCCCAGCGGCUGCAUUCCACCCGCCGCCGAGUUCGUUUUCGGGUGCGGGCGGCGGCCUCCCUCCACUUCGCUCACGCAAUUCAUCGAACACAGCUAUGGCAGCAGCUGCCGGCGAGGCCAAGCUCGAAUCCUUCCUCCAAUGGCUGCAGGCCAACGACGCCGAUCUCCGCGGCUGCACGAUCCGCGCGUGUGGCGGCGGCAAGGGCUUCGGCGUCUUCUCCACCACCGCCCCGAGCUGAGCGCCAUCGAUGGGGGGGUGGUGGUGGUGCCGCCCGACCUCGCCGUCACGCCGAUGCGGGUGCUGCAGGACCCUCUUGUAGGCCCGCGGUGCCGCGCUCUUCGAGGAGAGGGGGGCGUCAACGACCGCCGCCUCCUCGUCAUGCUCGUCCGGAGUUGGCCGGCAGCCGUGCCCGGCGCCGGCGGCCGGAGAAGAUUUUGCGCGCGAAGAGCCAGUCGGCCAAUUAGGAGGCGAGGCGAGGUGGUAAGGGAGAGAGGAAAUGGAAGGGAGGAUAUGGACGAGGACGAAGGCUGGUGGAUGGAAUGCAAAUACGAAGAUUUGGAAUGGUAGAUAUCUCAGAGAUGGAGGAAGGAGCUGGAAUGCUUUGAGAGAAAAAUAUUGUUGGGCUGGCUGGAGCUGGAGCUGGUGGCUGGAGUUGUGUGAGAGAAAAUUAGCGCUGGAGGAGAGUAGACCGGCCGAACACAGUCCUUUAUUCCGUGUCGGCGAGUUCUUCGCCGUCGACUAGCAGGCAGCCACCAGGGAACCAGGCACAAACUCAUGCAGCGCCCAAUGGAUGCCACGGACAACAAAGCCUCCGCGGUUAUAAAGCUCCAUCAAACUGUGAAUGAAUUCAACUCUUCUCCAUCAAAUCCAGCAACGGAUCACUCGCAGCGUAAGUGCAAUGCAAAUGAAAUCACAGAGCAAAUCCCACUCGUUGCAAACCCGUCCAUUCUCCUCCAUUUGCUCUCAUCCUACAAGCUGAACCCUAAUGAUCUGGCUGCUUUGGAGGGUACAUGUAAAUUCUUCAGAAGCCCUGCAAACUUUCAACCAGAUGCUGCGUUGUCCCUUCCAGAACUUGCAGCACUUGAUACAUGCUGUCAGAAGGCCAUGUUUAAGUCAAUGAAGCAUGAGGAAAAGGAGAAGUUGAAGCAGCGUUGUGGAGGCUCUUGGAAGCUCGUCCUCGGGUACUUGUUGGUCGGUGAGAGGAACUACCGGUGUGAGAAAUCUCAGGUUAUCGCUGGACAAGGACACAGUAUUGUUGUCACUGCAAAGGGGGGUGUGUACUCAUUCGGCGCAAACUGCUCAGGACAGCUAGGGCUUGGGAAUACAGAAGACCAGUUCGAACCAUGUCUUAUUAGGUCUCUGCAAGGCAUCAGAGUCACACAGGCCACAGUUGGGUCUAGGCAGACAAUGCUUGUGAGCGACACGGGAAGUGUGUACAAAUUUGGACAGGAUGCUUUUGAGGGUUCGAGAUCUUCUGGGACUUAUACUAGCAGUCCUAAGUUAUUGGAAUCACUGAAAGGUAUCUUUGUAGUUCAAGCAUCUAUAGGAGGCAAAUUCUCUGCGGUUCUGUCUAGAGAGGGUCAGGUUUAUACUUUCUCUUGGGGUCGUGAGGCGAGGCUUGGUCAUGCUUCAGAGCUUACCGAUGUUGAGCCUCGUCAUCUCUCUGGACCGCUUGAGAAUGCUCUUGUUGUGCAGAUUGCUGCUGGCUAUUGCUAUCUCCUUAUGUUGGCCUACCAACCGACGGGAAUGUCGGUUUACUCGGUAGGCUGCGGUUUAGGAGGCAAGCUUGGGCAUGGAGACACGGCAGACCUGGGGAUCCCACUGUUGGUCCAACAUUUCCAUGAACUGGAUGUAAAGCCACUGUCGAUUUAUGCAGGCGCUUUCCAUUGUGCAGCUUUAGCACUAGAUGGACGUGUGUUCACCUGGGGAUGGAGGGGACACGGCUGUCUGGGACAUGGUAAUGUAGACCAAUGCAUGUGCCUCCCCGCGGAAGUGGAAGGCUUGAAGGACGUAAAGGCUAGGCAUCUGUCAGCUGGCGAUUACACUACCUUCGUCGUCGCCGAUAAUGGCGACGUCUACUUCUUUGGGCGUGGGGCAAGACUGCGUAUUCAGGUGGAUGGCGAGGAAAAGGAAACUGUUCGUACUCCCAAGCUAGCCACUUCGAUUGUUGCGCUGAAUGAAAAGGUUGUGCAGAUUAGCGCGACGAAGAGCGUGGACAGGAUUAACCAAGGUUUGGGUUCCCCUCACACAUUGGUCCUCACCGAGUCCGGCAGGCUGUACUCCUUUGGGGGAGGUACAAAAGGCCAGCUUGGCGUGAUGCUUGUUGAGGGACAGAAAGGAAGGUCUACCCCAGAUCGGGUCGACAUUGAUGGUCUCGCCUAGCUUCCCCGCCGUCGACCUCGACCAUUUCCCAUUCCUCAUUGGUAUGGUAGCUGCUGGUGGUUUCGGAACUAAGGCCUUCUGAAACGUUAGUUCUCGUGGCGACCUCGAACAUUUUUUCACCCCAUUUAAGAAGAUCUAGCUCGCUCGUUUUAGAGUCUAAACUUUACUCAUGGUGGACUCUUUUUUGGACGAUGGACAGAUGAUGCCCUUUUGAUCGGUUCCCAUUUGAUUUGAGUGGUACUAAGUUGGAUCGCGAUGCAA